AUGAUCAGUCGCGGCGGUGGAUCCAUCAUCAACAUGGCUUCAGUAUCUAGUUCCAUGCAUGGUUUCGAGCGUCGCUCUGUAUACGGUGCCGCCAAGGGUGCCGUCAUCGGGCUGACAAAGGGUAUCGCUAGAGAGCACGUGCACCAGGGAAUCAGGUGCAACAUUGUGUGCCCGGGACUCGUGGACACACCGGGCUCUUCUUCCAAAGUCGGUAAAGUAACUGCCGUGGAAAAGAAAUACGUGGAUCACUUGAAGAACAACUUGAUUGGCCGUCUGGCAAGGGCUGAGGAGGUUGCCAACUUGUGUGUCUACUUGGCCUCCGAUGAGGCUUCCUAUCAUACCGGAAGCGAGUUUGUCAUCGAUGGAGGACUCACAAUUUAAGGCGCGACACCUGUAAUCAUGAAAAAUCAAGCUGAUUAUAUUGCCAUCAAAAUAUCGACACCAAGAAGCUCUUUAAUGAAGAUAAAAAAACACUGCAAAUGGCCAUUAACUUCAAGGAUACAUCGCAGAGAGCCAAAGCGACACAAGACAAAGCGCCACAACAGCGCCCUGCUCACCCUGCCUAUACAGCUGGCGACAGCGUUCCCUCCAUCCAGUGCUGUAGGGUAUGCAGAAACCUCAUUAUUUGAAUUAAAAUACAAAUGAUUAAAAAAUAAUACAUUAAAAUACUAAGGCCA